AGUCAAAUAUGUAGAUUAACCCGAUCGAUUUGGAAUCUUCAAAAUUGAUAAUUGAAAGCAUUUAAAAAGAUUUCUUCUUUUUUGGUUGGGGGGACUAUUAAAAAUUAACAAUGGUUAAGCUAAAACCGGUAGAAGAAAAAUUUGUAAGAUUAGAAAAAAGUUACAACUACUACAAUCGUAAAAAACACAUGAGAGAACUCCACGUUCCUGGAAUCGGUGAAACGAGACGUGAAUUAGGCGAAGGUUUGGCUAAAAUCCUAUUUCAACAAUGCCCGGAACCUAUGAAACCUGAAGUGGGAUUGCUACCAUUAUUAGAAGGUGCCGGCGAUGAACUUUGGGUAUCACCAAGUGAUUUAUUAAUUCCAAAAGUCUGUUUAAAACCACCGCUAACAAAUAAAUACAUCAAAGCAUUAACUCAUGAAGGGAUUUUAAUUAUCGGUGAAGAUAUUGAUCGAAGAUAUUGGCUUCAAAUGGAAAACGAAAAAGCUAAAGCCUUGGAAGAUCAAAGAGAAUUACUCAUGAGAAUAGCUGAAAUGGAAAGAAAAGUUGCCAUUAAAUUAGCCAGAGAAGAAGAGAAACGAAUUUGUGCUAAUUAUAUUCAGAAUAUAAUGGAAGAGUUUGAGAAACGUUUAGCUGAAGAAUUGAAGAAUUUAGAACAACAAAUGUUAGAAAUGCAGGAUGAAUUGAUUAGACAAGCUGUUGAACAAUGUGAUCUUAGCUGGAGAAUGAGAAUAGAAGAAGCAAUUAAUGAAGUUGUGGAACAAAUGAGCGAACAAUUUGCCGAAGACCUUGAAAAUGAAAAGAAAGAAUUGGAGGUACAAUUCCGUUUGGAAUUAGAAAAACAAAACACAGAAUUUAAUUACGCCUUAAAACGCGAACAAGAAUUUUGUGAAAUAACCUUAAAACAACUGAGACAUUGCUUGGAAUGCAAAAAUUUGGCGAAUCUAAUGUACGUUUUGUGUAUGGAACGUAAAAAAUGUACGAUUGAAAAAAGUGCCAUGGAUUAUAUUUAUAAAACCAAAAUAAGCGAAUUAGAAACCCAAAUUACUAAAAAAGACGAAAUUAUCGCUCAAAUAACCGCAGAUAAGGAACGUAAACAACGGCAAUUAGAUAUACGAGAAGAAUGCUUAUUAGUAAUUUUAAAAGAAUUCCAGAAAUUUAUUAAUUUCGUUCUAAAAGCUGUUCCGACUCAAGCAGAAUUUUUAUUGAGCGUUGAAAAAAUGAUUUUAUACGAAAUAGCUAGACAAAAUUGGGUAUUAGGUCAGAAAAAGCCGUUGAAACAUCUAUGCAAGAAAAUUUUCUCUUGGAAAUCCGAUUCGAAAACUACAGAACCAACACCAAAAGACAAUUUAGAACCGAAAGAUUAUCACAAAUGUCUCGACGAAGUUUCACUUAUAGGCGAUUUAGACGAAUCCGACACCCUUCCGUUCUUCUAUUACAAGGAAAAACUUUACGUUAGAAGAGACAUGGAAUAUUAUUUCGAUAACGGAAUUGAAAUUUCUGAAACAAAUUUGCUAUGGAACAAAGAUGUCGACAAUUUAAUGCAGAUCUUAACCAACAUGAAAAAUAUGAAAAUCAGCGAUGCAGACGCCGCUGACGGGGGUUCCGAAUGCAGAGAUAAACUCAAAGUUGAAGAAGUGACAGAAGUUGAGGUUGCCGAGGAAGAAGAGGUUGUUAGUACCCAAUUAAAACAAGAACCUACCGAAUCGAAAUCGUCGAAACAUUCGGAAGUAUCUAAGAAAAGUGAAGGUAGUUCUCUGCUGCAGAAGAAACCUACUAAGACUUCAAGUGUGUUGAAACGGGCUUUGAAACCAAUUGAAGAAAGUGAACCUGCAGAAGAUGAUGAAAUGUCUACAUAUUCACCUCAAAUAUAUCCAAUUCAAACUGUUGAUAAUACAGGACUACUAGCUGCUCAAGAUUCUUUAUCAACAAUAAAAAUGUCUCGAAGAAGUUCAUUAAAAGGUGUACAAACUACUAAAAAUGGAUCACUAUCGGAAAUGGAUAGAACCACCGCAGAAGUAAAUGAACCUGUUCAAGCGACACCGAUGGAUAAACUUAGCACGACGAAAAAAAAUGCUUUAGCCGAAGGUGGAACGGUUAGUUUUGAACGUUUCCAAGCGAUUAGAAUAUUGGAUGAAAUCGAAUUAACAAAACCAUCUAAUCGAUCAUCAAGAAUAAGCUUGGCCAAACCAAAAUUGUCCCCAAAAUCAGAUAUAGAAUCGAUCUUACAAAAGAAACCUCCCUCGAAAGCGGUCUCUGGUUCGAAGUUAUUGCAAGCAACCGAUUCCUUGAUAAUUCAUAGACAUUCAUUAACGAUGGGACAUAAAUUAAUGGAAUCACAGAAACAACAACCAGUUUCUCAUCGGGGCUCGGUAAUUUCAAAGUUGAGUUUUACCAAAGAUUCUUUGGAAUUGUUAAGAAGACAAUCGUUCCUUUAUUCGAAAAAUGUUAAAAAGGAAUCUGAAAUCAUCGAGGAUACACUCUUAUUAGGGAAAACCGAUUCUGUACAAUCGCAAAAAGUAGAAAAGCAAGACAAAUAUCAAAGAAUUCAGAAAGUGGUUUCUCCAUUAACAGUAUCUCAUAUUGGAGUUGCUAAAAUUCCUACCGAUACUAAAGAGGCUGAUGUCAAAUUUUCACCGAUUCAUGAAGUUUAUGAAACUAAUGUUCUAAAAAGUGCAGAUUCACCAUGGAAUAUUUAUAAGGAUGAAACAAAACUGAAAGUUAAAUCUUCUUCUGUAUCAUCGGAUAAAACUCCAGUUGCAGAGGUAGUUGGAGAUCGCAAAGAUAGAGAUUACAUGGACACUACUUACAUGUUUACAGACAAAAGAAUAAGAUCAAUUAUGACCAUUUUAAAGAAAGAUCCAACAUUAAUUCGUUUAUUUACAAGGGUCAAAAAUUAA